AGCGCCCGGCUGCAGCAGUCCCCUUCCCUUCCCCUCCCACCACCCCCUCCCGCCCUCUGCAGCUCUGCCGGUCUACGUGUCAAGUUUUGCAACGACGCACUUGCAUCGAGAAUCCGGAGGAGGAGGAGACAGAAAGGAUAGGCCCAGGAGCAAUGGCGUCCAAAGAGCAACAGAUGCUGAAAAACAUCAACAUGGAAAAUACCAACGAGGAAAAUAAAAAAAAGGAUGAAAAGGAGCAAGAUGAUAAUAAAGGAGAGUCGUUGGCCCUCCCUUUGAAAGCUGGUGAAUAUCGUGUACCUAGAGGAAAUCGUAGGCGGUUCCGUGUUAGGCAGCCCAUCCUGCAGUAUAGAUGGGACAUGACUCAGAGGGUUGGAGAGCCACAGGCAAGGAUGAGAGAAGAGAAUAUGGAGAGGAUUGGGGAGGAGGUGAGACAGCUGAUGGAAAAGCUGAGGGAAAAGCAGAUGAGUCAUAGUCUGCGGGCAGUUAGCACUGACCCCCCUCACCAUGACCAUCAUGAUGAGUUUUGCCUUAUGCCUUAAAUCCUGAUGUUUUCCCUGAAGUUGAUAGGGAAACACACCUGCUUCCUAAACUUACAUGUUCAUGAUGUAUCUUUGUUGUAAACCUUUUGAUGUCAUUCGUUUCUGGUGGGUCUCUUAUUACCAGUUUCUAGAUGAGUGUGUUUUUGACCCAGUCUGUAAGAUUUUGUUAGCACGAGAAUUUUACCUAUUGCAUGGCAAAAUGUUCAUUAUAUACUGUGAAGUCAAUAAAGCAGUUAAAAAAA